CUGGGUUGGACAGUUGUAAAUGAGUGACUGUGUGGUUUUUAUCAGAGCUGCAACAUGCACAGGUCAUAUCAGCCUUUUAAAUCGGUCACUAACCGUUACCUGCAGCAGCGAUGGGACCAGAAUAACUACGAAAACCACCGUAGAAAGGUAACCUCUGCCUUGCCAGUUGUGGACAACAAGGGUAUCAAGACCCCAGCUCAUGUCCAGCUCAAGCUGAAAAAACUUCAGCUGCAAGACGAGCGGCUGUUUGUCAUUGAUAGAGACAAUCGCCUCCUAGCUUCCAAACUGGCCGACAUCGUUUGCUCUGCAGGCCUGGUUGACCACAGGAACCAGUACCACCUGAGGAGUCUGAACGCAAACAAGAGGAAGCAGGAGCUUCAGUCAAUCAGCCAUCAGAAUCAGGCCAUCUACCAGCGAAUCACAUCUCGCCAAUCGGAGUACCGUCGGCAGCUGUGGCUGGAUGACUGGGAGAAGACAGAACAUCGGCUGAAUGACAUUUCUCGAUAUCCCACAGGGAUAGCUGACAGACAGAGAAUGAGGAGGAAGGUGAAGUUUGCCACUGUGGCAGGGAGUGAGCAGUCUGCAAGGUACUGCAACUCCAACACUAACAGGAAAAACAGAGAAUCCUGCAACACUAACAUCCAGGAGCCACCAAUGAUGUCCUCAAAUAGACAAUUUCAUCUCAUCUCAUCUUCCGUACCGCCUAAUCCUCACUAGGGUCGCUGGAGCCUAUCCCAGCUGGCAUCGGGCAAAGGCGGGGUACACCCUGGUUCUGUUGCAUGAAGGUUCUUUUUCAACUACAGCUGUGUGGAUAUCCAUUUGUCAUUGAGGAACAUGACUUUUAUAGUCCAGUUCAGUUUGUAGUCUCUGAAGUUUUUAUUAGAUAAGCAAACUGGUAAUGAUCCAACCAUAAUGACUGUUCAAACUGUGUGCACCUGCAAUGUUUUCAUGUGAUAUGCACAAGCUACCGUGCAUAUCUUUAUAGCAAGAGCAUCAAGAUGUUGUACAAACCUAAGUAAGAAUAUGUGUUUGAUGUAAAACAACUACAGUGUUAUAUGGGAUCUCUGUAUUUUUGCUUCUGGUUGACAAAAGUAUAAUCAGUACAACUGCCUAUUGUAUUCAUUAGUACAUGACAAAAUGAACAACUAUUGUGUUCUGGAGUAGGGUAUAUAAUAAAGGUUUCUUACAUGUGGCAUGUAGAGAGUUCCCCAAACUCUUACGUAGUCCGCAACCUUCCAAAACAGAUCUACCAACACCAAUAGACCGCACAAGUCCACACAUCUCAAGAUCUACACAGGCAUUGAUCUGGUAAGCAGAUGAGUGUGUACCCUGGGCCCCUUUUCAUGAGGGCCCAGCCAGGAAUGGUUGAUCAGUCUAGGGUUGAAUUAUCCAAAGAGUUUCACUAACAGACUUCAUGGGUGGAAAUCAGGCAAUCAACAGAAAAGAGACAUUUUACCCUACUAAAGCGUGCUCCAUGACUUGAAGUAUUUAAUAUUUGUAACCAGAUUUCUUUUUUUUUUUGGAGAUGAUGUUUUGUGCCCCUUUUCAUGUGAUUUAGUUCAAGAAACUCCUGGAUUACUGACAUAAAAGGUGACUACUACUCAUAUGCACUCUUACAAUGUCUACAUGUGACAGUAAUCAUUAAAAGACCUUGACAACUUAAAAAAAAAAU